AUGCAUGAAUUAAAAGGAAGGGUGGCGAUCGUCACCGGCGCGGCCUCCGGGAUCGGGCGCAGCGUGGCCGAGCUAUUCGCCGAAGAAGGGGUGGCCGGCCUCACGGUGGCGGACAUUCAAGCGCCCCCCCUGCGCCGGCUGGUUUCGGAUUUGCGGAAGCGCUCCGGCGGCGCCCUGCUGAUUUCGGAGACCGAUGUUUCCGACCCAGCCCAGGUGGACCGGAUGGCUCAGGCGACCGUGGAACGGUUCGGGCGGAUCGAUAUCCUGGUCAACAAUGCCGGGAUCUGCCCCAUGGUUCCCUGGGACCGGACCACCCCUGGAAAGCUGGAACCGGAUGCUCUCGGUCAACCUGACCAGCGCUUUCCUUUGCAGCAAGGCGGUGUUGCCCCACAUGAAGAAACGGAAGUUCGGCCGGCUGGUCCAUAUCUCCUCGGUGGGAGCUUUCGUGGGCAGCAUCACCGGUCAUGUCGGCUACGGGGUGAGCAAGGCGGGCGUCAUUGCCCUGUCGAAAUACCUGGCCAAGCAGUUUGCCUCCGACGGCAUCCUCUCCAACGCCAUUGCGCCCGGAAGCAUCGACACUCCCCUUGCCGAGGCCUUCGGGGAGGAGAACCGGCAGCGAUUACGUCGAGCUGUCGCUGGUGA